AUGGGAAUUAAAGGGCUAUCAAAGUUACUUGGGGAUUUUGCACCCAGCUGCAUGAAAGAAAAUGAAAUCAAAAAUUAUUUUGGUCGUAAAGUAGCGAUUGAUGCAUCGAUGAGUAUUUAUCAGUUCCUGAUUGCAGUCAGACAGGAUGGUUCACAGUUAAUGAGUGAAGAUGGGGAAACCACCAGUCACAUUAUGGGAAUGUUUUAUAGAACUAUUAGAAUGUUAGAGAAUGGAAUUAAACCAGUUUAUGUUUUUGAUGGUAAACCUCCAGAGAUGAAGUCAGGGGAGUUAGAGAAACGUAAAGAAAAGAGAGAUGAAGCACAGAAAGAAUUAGAAAAGGCUACUGAAGCUGGUGAUAGUGAGAAUAUUGAGAAAUUUAACAGACGACUGGUUAAAGUCACCAAACAACAUAAUGAAGAUUGUAAAGAGUUAUUAAAAUUAAUGGGAGUUCCUUAUGUAGAGGCUCCAUGUGAAGCAGAGGCCCAGUGUGCUGCCCUUGUAAAAGCCAGUAAGGUUUAUGCUGUAGGAACAGAAGAUAUGGAUGCCUUGACGUUUGGUUCUACUGUGUUAUUACGACAUCUAACUUUUAGUGAAGCCAGGAAAAUGCCAAUUAAGGAGAUUCAUUAUAACAGAAUAUUAGAUGAAUUAAAAUUAUCAAGAGAUGAGUUUAUAGAUCUGUGUAUAUUAUUGGGCUGUGAUUAUUGUGAAUCUAUAAAAGGUAUUGGACCUAAAAGAGCUAUAGAGUUAAUCAAACAACACAGAACCAUUGAUACUAUAUUAAAACAUAUAGACACAAAGAAACACACCAUACCAGAGGAUUGGAUGUAUAAAGAAGCACGAAGAUUAUUUCAAGAACCAGAAGUGACAGACCCAACAGAAAUUGAUUUAAAAUGGACUGACCCCGAUGAGGAUAAAUUAAUAGAGUACAUGUGUACCCAGAAGAAUUUCAGUGAAGAUCGUAUUAAGAAUGGCAUCAAGAAGAUUAGUAAAGCUAGGAGUGGCACUACUCAGGGUAGAUUGGAUGGUUUCUUUACUGUCACUGGUAUUACAUCAUCUACUAAAAAACGAAAGGUAAUUAAGCAAGAAUUCCUUAUAAAUUUUACUGCUGGGUUAUUUGAAAGUUUAAAUUCAACACUAUUCUUAAAUCUUUAUUAA